AUGUCAGAAGCAACUACAAAUGCUACAACAAAUGGAAAUGUAUCAGCAACAUCAAGUCCCUCUACUCUAACCACUUCUAAUAAUCAUUUAAGUACAUCACCUACACCUACAGGAACUACUACAAGUAUGAACGCUACCACAUCAAUUACAACAACUCCGGCAACAAGUUUAGCACCGAGUAUGAGUAGUUCAACCCCAACACCUAAUGGAACAACUCCGACAACUGCAGCAACCAAUUUAUCAUCUGCAUCACCUUCAUCUACUUCAGCCACCGGAAUUACUUCACCAUCUACAGCUCCUUCGGCUACUGCAACUUCUAAUCAUUUAAGUGGAAAUUCAAGCACAUCAGCUCCUAGUGUAACAACUUCAGGAACUAUUUCACCAUCUACUCAAACUUUUGUAACAUCUUCACCUUCAGGUGCAAUUCAAGCUCUCAUAGGUGCAUCAUCUCUUUCUUUUAUUCCUUACAUUUCUCCUUUUCUAAUAGUUAUUAUUAUGAUAAUAGUUUAUUUUUACUGUAAAGUAAGUUCACAUUUAAAAAUAUAUUGUAUUUUAAUUUUUUUUCAAUUAUAA